AUGCAGAGCCCCAACCCCAACGAUGAUGAUGAUUUGUUUACUCUCUCUCUCUCUUGGAAUCAACCAACGAGAGCAUCAAACUUUCCUACCCUAAUCAUGCAACCGCAACCGCAACCGCAAAAUCCAUUCAUUAACCCUAGGUUGGCACCCUACACUGCUUCUAACCACAACAACAUGAAUGCUGCUGUUGAUCGCGUGCAAGCAAAUGCUCCUGUACCCUCUUCUUUGUCGCGUUCUCGCCGCCGCGAUGGAAGGAGCGAAACCAUCGUUCCACCCUUCCCCUGGGCCACGAACCGGCGCGCCACGGUCCAGACCCGAAAGUACCUCUUGGAGAACAAGAUUCUGAAAAUCAGGGGGGACAUGGAGUGCAGGAUGUGCAAGAGAAAGUACUUGAUGGUUCUUGAUCUGGAGAGCAAGUUUUCCGAAUUGUGGAGCUUCAUUCAGAAGGAAAAGGAGAGCAUGCAUGAUAGGGCACCCAGCGUUUGGCUGAAACCUGUGCUUCCAAGAUGCUAUCACUGCGGACAAGAAAACAGCGUCCAACCCUCCCUUGCAGGGACUAAGAAAAAGGCCAUUAAUUGGUUGUUCUUGCUGCUAGGUCAAAUGCUCGGUUGCUGCACUCUCAAUCAUCUCAAAUAUUUCCUCAAGCACACCAACCGUCAUCGAACUGGAGCCAAGGAUCGAAAUCUUUAUUCUACCUACAUGGGCCUCUGCCAGCAGCUAGUUCCUGAGUUCUUCAGUUCUUGA